AUGUCAAGCCCUCCGUUUGCAUCAGAAAAUACCUGGUCUACACCCCUGGUGACACCUGUUGCAUCUGCCCAAAAUGAUUGCUCUGACGGGCCUGAACGCCGUCAUCGCAACCCGCCGCGCCACCACCCCCGGGAUCAACUCUUCCAACAUGACAACCACGAAGCUCCCUCCCCUUCCCGUGCCGAAUCCCCCACGGCUCAUCAAUGGGCCAAACCGUCCGCUGGCUUCACUCUAAAAAGGGCCACAACCAUCCCCCACGAGAAACUCUCCCGCCCCGAUCAAUUCCAUAGACCCCAGUUGUCCGAGAGAGACAGCAUCUUUGCUACCCACUACCUCCCCUCCGAUAACGAACUCAAUCACGCGAUUGAGGCAAACCUGACCAGCGUGGAGCCAACGUCUCAUGUGCGCAGCCGUAAGUCAAGCCAUUAUCUGGGUUUGUUCAAGGAGAAUACUACUUCACCGGAUCGCAAAAGAAGAGAGGAUCGUGGAAGACGCCACGAUGACCCCCUGGAGCCCCAGGAUAGGCACCAACCCGCUAUCCACUCCGAACCUCGUCCUCUUCCAGAGCUUUCUGACCCACAGCUGCAAUCUACGUCGUCCACAGACGAUUCGAAUCUGAGAAGCUCAAAAAGCUUAUCCCAUCUGUCAAUGGCUGAUGCUCCGGUGAUAAUGCCAAUUCCGGAGCGCGAGACUUCGGCGCGCAUGGUGAGCGAUGAUAUUAAAAAGCCUUAUAGAGCUCUGCCUCGCAGCUUACUUGAAGAGAUUCGGAAUUUUCACCUAACACCAGGCGGUGCGCGGGGUACAUCGUUUUCAAAGAGUAUCCCUAGGCAGUUUGCAGAAGGAGGCAGGGACUACUUCUCGAAGGAUGUCCCCGGUCUCUCGCCUUCGUCGGACACGGACCGAGAACGGCGCCGGGGCUCUGCACAAUUUGGAGAUGAGGAUGAUGAGCAGAUAUCGUCUGCUGUGUAUUAUCCCCAUGAACGCGUCACUGUUUCUGAAGAAGUUGAUCAGGUUCAGACUUAUCCGGAUGGUCAACAUGGUACGGAGUCAUUCGACCCAUCGGCAACGAAGAGUAGUCACGUUCUAGUGCCCAAGAGACAUGCUGUCACUGACGAGCAAGAAAUCAAUCAUGUGGAUAUAUCUCUUCGAUCUAAAAAUGAUAGUAGAAUCCUGCACGGCGAUCUGCAAGACAGACAAGCUUCACAACUAGAAGAAUUACUUGAAAAGCCCCUUAGCGCCACAACCGAUCGCAGCAGCGAGUAUUCAACGUGCGACUCGGAGUUGGGCUCCGCCGAUGAAAGUGGUGUAUCCACUCGAGAUGAAGAGUCGAGUUUGACCGACGAGGCUGACGUGACCCCAACUGCUACUCCGACUCAACGCCAGCGGGUUCCCCGCCGCGGACGCAAGCACAGUGCAGAGGCUCCUCUGGGCGCGGUGGAAUUGAAACCCUACCGGCAUCAAGUGGGUGGCCACACGACUGUCUUCCGAUUUUCUAGGCGCGCUGUGUGCAAGCAGCUUAACAACCGGGAGAACGAAUUCUAUGAGCGCAUUGAGCGCAGACAUCCAGAAAUGCUGAUGUUUCUUCCUAGGUACAUCGGUGUCUUGAACGUAACCUUCUCAAAAAUCCCGAAGCGCUCCAAAGUAACGCCGGAGGGUCAUGCUGAGAUUACGAAUGGCGAACAUGCCGCGGGUGAGGCGAGUGGUGUCAAACACGUAAAGUCACUAACGGCCGAUGGCUCUCGUGCUUCUGAAGCUGUGGAUCAACCACGGAUUUUCAGCCAGAAGCAGGUCACCGGAAUCAUUCCUAAAGUAAUACUUGAAAAUAACCGGCACAUCAUACCGGCCGAUCUAUUCUCUCGCUCACAAAGGCCAAGGACUGCUGAUGGUACAACAAUGAACCGAAAGAGAUACAAUUGCGGUGUUCGGUCGGUGGCUGGUGAGCAAAGGUUGAAAAAUGGGUCUCUGGAUGACACCCUUACUUCCCCGAGAAAGCCCACAAUUAGCUGGGGUGCUACUACGGUCAAUAGGAAGUUGCAGGAGCAGGUCCUUAGAGAGGUCUUCAGCCCUCCCGCAAUCCAUCAUCAUCGGCGUCAUGCUCGUGGCCACAUCACAUUACCAAGAAUUUCCUCAGAUAGUAUCACCCGCAGGAGGAGUAACCUGUCGGAAGAUCAAACUGCCAGUAGCCGUCGCAUUGCGUCUCUUCCAGAUGAACCACCUCGAUCUGCUGCUAUUGACAUCGCGAAACAGACAAGUGAAGGUCCUGGUUUGUCAUCAUCAGCGUCUACCGCAUUAGACUCGAACCAUAACCGACUGCAACAAGUUCGGACUGAAGAGUCCCAACCGCGCUCUAGCUCUGUCUCACGGUCUCGGCGGGUCAGACGUCGUCAUUCAGGAAGUGGCUUGCAAAGACGAAGGAGCAUGAGCCCCGGGAAGAAAGAAGGCGAGCUCAUGUUCUUUGAAGACGACGGCUAUGGUGGUGAUAGGGAAGACGAAAUAUUUUCCAUGGAAGCGGACGUCCAAACGGUACCAUCAGGUCUUCAGAAUUCGAAACCGCCCAACUUCGAAACUUUGAAGUCCGAUACGGCUGAUGCUGUGGAAGAUUCUGUUGGGGAUAUGCCGCCGAGGGAAGCAAUUCGAGUUCCACCGAAAGAGGAAACCCGUUUCCAACUUCCGUCCAAUCCUAAAGAAGCCCAGACACGAAAGGAUGAACGUGUGCAGUUCUUCCUGCUACUGGAGGACCUCACUGCUGGCAUGAACAAACCUUGCGUGCUUGAUCUCAAAAUGGGAACUCGCCAAUAUGGGAUUGAAGCCAGUGAGAAGAAGAAGAAGUCACAGAGACGAAAGUGUCGGUCAACAACCUCUCAGCAGCUAGGUGUCCGACUUUGUGGCAUGCAGACUUGGAAUGUGAAAAGGCAGGAGUAUACCUUCGAGGACAAGUACUUUGGCCGGGACCUGAAGUCAGGACGUGAAUUCCAAGAUGCUCUCACCCGUUUUCUCUACGAUGGUGUCAGCUAUACCAGCGUGGCAAAGAAGAUCCCUGUCAUACUUGAACAACUGUCCAAGUUGGAGAAUAUGAUCCGAAAGCUCAAACGUUACCGGCUUUAUGCUAGCAGUCUCCUAAUCCUUUAUGAUGGCGAGCAGUCUUCCCCCGAAAAGGCGCCGCAAGGUGAGAAUAGUGUUGACAGCAAGCGAAUUCCGCUGCAGCAUCGUUCCUCUGAAGAAGGACACAAUAACAUUGAUGUUCAGCUGAAGAUUGUCGACUUCGCAAAUUGCGUUACGGGCGAGGAUGAGAUUUCUCCUGAUGCGCCUUGCCCCCCGCACCAUCCGGACGAUAUCGACCGCGGUUAUCUUCGUGGUCUUCGAAGCCUCCGGAUGUACUUCCAGCGUAUCCUGAAUGAGAUCACUCAGGAUGAAUACAUUGAACGGGGUGAAGGUGAAGCCAUUGCUCUUAUAUCUCAGAUGUCCGGUCGUGAAGACUUGUCCGAUCGCUACUGGGAUGAAGGGGUCAUGGAAAGCGAUCCUGGUGAAGCCAGCUUCUAG